AUGAUCUACGUAUGGAUCCUAAUUUUAAACGUUGUUUUCAACACUGAAGCGCGCCUUCACCGGAGAAAUUUCUAUACAUUGUACAAAUGGACUCACGGCAUUGACAUGACUUUUCCAACCGAAACUGAACGGGAAAUAGCAAUAAAUGCAGGAUAUUACGAUUUGACUCGAAUUCAAUUACCAGUGGACGUUGAUAUUCAUUAUGGAGAAAAUUAUGACUACAGGACAUUUUUAACUAUACCUCGGCUGAAUUUUGGUGUACCCUAUUCAUUGGCCACAAUAGCCGAAAAUGAUCGAAAAAUAGAACUUAACCCAAAAGUAAAAGCAUUUCCCACUUACGAAUGGCAUCAAAGCCACGGAACCAACUGCACAGGGAUAACAUCAGCUUUGAGGACUUAUAUUGAUGAAUGCCGCCGAUUAUGGGUGCUUGAUUCUGGACAAAUAAAUUCCCUUCAAUGGUGUCCUCCACAGCUGUUAGCUUUCGAUCUAACAACAGAUGGAAUAGUUCUCCGAUAUGUCUUACCCUCAAACAACUAUAAAGCCGGAAUAUCCGUAUACACUGAUAUGAUUGCAGACGUUGCAACAAAAGGAAACUGCAAUGACACCCGCGUGUAUAUGUCCGAUGCCUGGGGUCACGGUUUAAUUGUAUACGACAUGUUGAAGCAUAAAUCGUGGCGCAUCGAACAUGACCUCAUGAAGCCAGACAGAUCGUUGAUCAAUAAUGCCCACGAUGGCAUAUUCACUGUCAGCCUCAGUCCAAAACAUAUCAAAUCAGAAGAACGCUUUUUAUAUUUCCAUGCCCUGAAUAGUUUUAAUGAGAUACGAAUACCUAUCAACAUAGUCAAUAAUGAGUCAAUGUGGUACUAUCCCAAGGAAAACCUACCAACGGACAAAUAUUUUACUAUAUUGGGUUCUCGCGGUACACAAUGCGAGUCGGAGACAAUGGAUGAAUUUGGCAAUCUCUAUUGCACUUUAAUAGGUUCAAACGCUUUGAUUGGAUGGAAGGAAGGAAUAUCAUAUUCGGCUGACAGCAUAAAAGUGUUGGCCUACGGUCCCGACCAAUGGCACUUUGUGACUGGUUUGAAACUGACAACGAAUCGCCACAGAGAUCAAGAAUUAUGGGCACUAAGCACAGAGCCAAAGUUGUUUGUUGGAUAUCGUAAGAAGAGCAAUCCCAUUAUGUACCAAAUUAUUGGGUGUCGAACUAAAAAUUUACUUCGCAACGAGCAAUGUUCAGUCGGGACGACUGACAUAAAUAUUGUAGCAUCACCUUAAAAUUUCAUAUUUUCUAAAUUAAAAAAAAAAAUAUUUGUAAAUAAAGUCUAAAUAAUUCAGAAAGAAUUUUA